AUGCCCCCGUCCACCGUCUUCUCAUACUGGCGUCGAGACCAUCGCCGCUCCACCGCGCCGCCCGUAUCGUCGCCCGCGUCGUCUCCAGGUCUCAAAGGUCCCAUAGACAGCCCGCUCAGCACCCCGCCUCAGCUCCCUCAGAUCCCGGAUACUCCUAUCUUCACCACACCCUUCGAUGAACGGUCAUCCUAUGAUGCCCCGCCCUGGGCCGACUCUCCACUAGAGAGCGAUGCCUCGAAACUCAACUUCAGCUCCUCUGUCGCACCGUUGUCUUCCUCCGUUAGCCUUGCCGUUCAUCAUCCGCUGCUGGAGGAAGAGGAUAGCUCUCACCCGAGUCUAGGGGAACAUGGUCCUGUGCUUGAGCCCGAAUCCGAGCCUGCGUGGGCGUCGCAACAAAACACUUUACAGCCGUCAGGCGGGAUGCAGCGGCCAGAGGGCGACGUUGAUUCGAAUUUCAAGCCAACCUCGCCCUUCCGGCUUUCCUUCGGUGGGAAAGGUAUACGGAAUUUGCAGACACCCACCGGUGAGACUCAGAAACGUUCGCCAACUGCGGGGCCGGGCACGAACCAUUUCCGAAUGAUGCCUUCACCCGACGACCUGCCGGUAGACAAAUCAUUUGUGCCACCGAGAGAUAUCAGAUCGGAAAAUGCAAUGGUUCGUCGGACAGCUGAGCGUGAUGUUCAUGUGGAUAAUGCCCAUCACAAAUCGGGCAAGGCGAUGCUACAUCUUCUUAAUCCGAUGUCUUUACUUGCCCGCCGGCGAUCCGCUCAAAUGAGCAACAAUCGAACAGACGAGGUGAAACAUAAGUCUUCUAACUUGGUUCCUGCCAUCCCGGACGACUACGAUCCUCGAAUUCGUGGAAGCAUUGUGCAUGACUUCUCAGCCCCACGACCUCGCCGAAACGUAUCAGGCACCCCGAGUGGCCCGCCUGAUGGGGCGAGUUAUAGCGCACAGGAUGCAUCGCCAUCGCAACCCACACUUCAAAGCCCAGCGAGUCGACUCAGUGAUCAAACGAGGAAGCAUAGCGAUCACUCUCCGGUUUUUAAGGAGCACUUCGAGGACGACCAGAAUGCGCUGCAGGUCGAGAACAAGGGCUAUCUCCAGUCAAGCCUUUUGACGAAUCAAACUCAACUCGGGAAUGAGAAGUCUUUGCCGCCGUUUGCUAGAAACUUGCCCUAUCGGUUACCCGAUCAAAGCCCUGAGAACGUUGAGCCAAGCGUUUCUCCGCCGAUUGAGCUGCCUGCAGAACACCUCGCAGAGCUAUAUGGCGAUAUCCCAGAAACCCCGCCGAAGACGAGCCCACCACCUCCACAACAGGAUGAGGAUAUUAUACCGAUCGUACCCCGGCCUUCUUCGGCCGCUUUGACAUGGGGGGGAGUGGAGUCUUCUACUCAGGAAAAGCUCCUUGAAGAAAAACAUAAAGCGAAGGAGGCCGAGCGCAAAAUGGAAGAUGGGUAUUUUGAUGAUUUCGAUGAGGACUUCGAUCAAGAUAUGAUGGACGACAUCGAUGGCUUGGAAGAAAGAAUUCCUGGUGUCAAUGCAGACGCUGAGGAAGACUACUUUUCUGCCCCCUCGAUGGCCGAAAUCAAGUCUUGGACUGCGCCAGGAUUAUCGCCCGUGGUUGCAAGCCCAAUGACUCCUGCGCCUCCUGGACUACCACCUACAUCAAUCCCGCCGGAUGACCAAAAGACUCCAUCGCCUGAUUCGGAUGAAAUCGAGCAACCGAUAGAAGAUGACAUUCCACCGCCACUUGAGUUGCGUCGGUCGUCGGGUAUUGGUAUGGGUCCUCCAGAUCAAAGCAAUCAAAUCAUUGACGAAGAUGAUGAUGAAUUGUACUUUGACGAUGGUGAAUUUGGAGACCUGGAUAGUGACGAUCAAGAUGGAGGAUUCGACGAGUCUAUCUUCGAUGAUGAGACCAGCCACCUCUACGAACGAAAAUCAGUUGCACCCCCAGCCGCCCCUCCACAGCAGAAACCUGAUCCCAGCGGCGAGGUUCUAGAAAGGGAGAUUCUACUCGAGGAGCAGGCUAGCCAGGGUCUUAAACACAUGCCUAGUGUCGCAAGUGAAUAUCGGGCGCCUUCAAUUAAACGUGGUCCACUUGGCGAGCCGAUACCCAACAUGGGACCUACCCGGGCUCAUGGUGGAGUUCUGACGGAACAGAACCUGGAUCUUUUGCAUAAUGCCCUGGCGUUUGCAGCAAAAGCAAGCGUAAAGAGCCAAUUCGAACGAAAGUUCAGUACCAGUGAGCGCUCUCAAGCACAAGAAAGUAUCUCGCAGGCAUCGCAUACAGGCGAAUCACAACCAGGGCUGGUAUCGGAUGACAGCCAAGUUGUUGACAUGGCAGCUUACGACGAUCCCUAUGAUGAUCAGACUUUCGAAGACGACGACUCUUACUACGACGAUGCUAUUGUCGCGGCAGCCAAUGCAGAGGCACUCGAGAAUGACGACGAAGGGUUUUACGGCCAGGAGUUUGGCUUCUACGCACAAGCACAUGGCGCCUCCGAGUUGACAAAUGGAGGCUACUUCGGCCCGCGAGGAGUUGAAGGCAUCUCACGCAGCUUCAGCAGCCGGGGCAAAUUCCAAGAACCCAGUCUGACUCCUAUCACGGAACGAAGUGAAUGGAGCACGCGCAACUCGAUGAUAUCGCUGAAAGCGCACGGGGCAGCCCACUCGAACCCAUCUCUGGCAAGCCCUGGAUUAGCACAGCUGGCCGAUAUGGGUAACCUGGAUGAUGAAAUGACAUUGAGUGCCCUGAUGAAGCUGCGUCGGGGGGCAUGGGGCGGAAGCAAUGGCAGUCUGCGGAGCAGCGCCGGCAGUCCGCCUCCACAUACCUUACCUUCCUCCAACCGUGCUAGUUUCGCGGAAGCUAGUCCGAUUGAUGCGCGACCCAUUGCCGAAGAAGGGAUUGGCGGAAUCAGUUCACCAUAUAAUUAUCCUCCUGACGAGAGUCAUACUUAUACAGCUUCACCGCUCAAGGGCGCGCAUCUGGGUCACCAUGGGCAUCCUGCCGAUCUCCCGUCAAGCGGAACUGACGGCCCAGGUUGCGCGAACGACGAUGGUGAAUUGCCGACGACCGAAGGACCUCAACGCCUCAAUCUUUUGUAA